GUAUGUACACUGUGACUGUGUCGUGAUAACCAGUACGCGUUAGCAAGCUAGCAAAUGAUUAAUGCAGCCCAUUCGCUGACCAUGGCUUCACCUCCGUCACUGUUUACUGCCGAGAUGCUGACUGUGUGUUUAUAGAUUAGGAGCAGAGGCAAACGAAAAUAGCAGCUCUGAAACAUUAAUCUGGUAGUUUAGCACGUCUGUUAGUCCUUUUAAAUCCAUUUUAUCAUUAGACAAAUUGCGGUAAACUGUGUUUAGAAGUGAAUAUACUGUUGAAGUCUUCAGUUUCAGUUUUUAUAUUUUAUUUGUAAAAUAAAGCAUUUUAAAUGAUAUUUAAAAACAAUUAGACUCAUACACUGUAUACAAUGUAAAGUCAUAAUAUAACGGAAGAGGAAUUAAUUUGUAUUUGGUUGUAUAUUUUUGCUUUUUUUAACAUGCAACCGAGUAGUUUUUUUUGUUUUGGAUAAUGUGAAAAUAAUCGCCAUUAUUUCCUACAGUUGUUGUGGAUUGUAUCAGUGUUGUAAUCACAGAGUGAAUAACCAAUGAUGAGAUUAGGGUCCUGCAGGACAUGAUGGUAUUUUUUCAUUAAAGAAGUCAACAAAAACAACUAAAAUGUUUAAACAGGACUCCUCGCCACAAUAAAGAUAUAAUCAAAGAGACGUUUAAUUAAGGUAACAGUGAAAUGUUGUGACAAGUGAGUCUUUGUCUAAUGGCUAAUAUGUAAUGUUAAAGAUGUGAGAUCUUCUACUUAAAACAUUAUUCGCUUUAAUCUGUGGUUUCUUAUCUAAUGUUUAUUGUAUUAGCUUGACGUGUGUGUAAGUCAACAGGAGUUCAGUGGGCCACUCGAUGAGUAACUAACCAUGAGGACAAUGCUCAGUUAGGUCAGAACUGUGUCUUCAGGCAGAUGAUGUCAUGGAAAAUCAGUAUUUAAUUAUACAGUGUGUUAGAAUAUAGCUGCAAUGUAGAUUAGUCAGUGCAUGUGAGUAGGCAAAAAAUAUUAAGUAUUUUUGCUAUUGUUUUGUAAUUUAAAUGACUGUGAAUCUUAGUAUAGAGAAUAUAUAUUAGUGGUUGAAAUUAUUGGUAUAAAUUUAACUUAAUAAACAUUUAGAUAAAACUAAUGGAACAUAAUCAUUAUUGUGGUGUUUUACCAUAAAUUAUGGUCAUUCUAAUUAUUAUGGUUCAAUUGUAAAUGUUCAGUAUACCUCCCAGUUGACUAGAAAUUGACUUUCAGUGAUGUAACUGCCUUUAAAUAAUUAAUAUGUGAGAAAUUAGAAGAGACAAGCGGUCAGGCAGAUGGAUGAAAACCCCACCCAGACUCGCUUCCUCUCAGCUCAGUGAUAAGCAGCUGAGCAGGAAGUCAAGUAUCAUUAUAUUAGAACACGUGAGGGACGAUUGUCUCUUUUUGCCGACAGAGGAUCUGUGAAGUUGUUUUAUGACUGUGACGAAGGAGCUAUUGGUGGGUCAGCCCACAGUCUCCACAUACUGACCUCACAGCCACCUGACAGGCCGAAAGAGCGGAAACAAUGAUGCGGAGUGGAUUGUGACUUCACAUCCAUCAGAAUCUCCCUCCAGACUCAGAUAAACUGAAGGAUUCUACUGUUUUUGUUCUCCAAAUUGUAUAUUUCUGUCUAAGUAGCACAGUUUAAUACUCAAAUUAGCUCAAGUUGAGUCCCAAGCUGUUGCCUGUUAUUUUAGCUCUAGCAAGAAUUAAAAAAAAAAAUUAUGCUAGAUGAAAGCUCUGUCUUGGGGCGACGACCGGGCUUGGCUUCAGACAGCAGUCUGUGACAUGUGCAGGGUGCUUGGAUCCUCCUCAUGUCUUCCUAGCUUUUCCAUGCACAAGACCAGCAGAAAGCUUGUUCACUUUUUGGAUAUUUAGAUGUUGCUUGUCUAAUUUCCAUCUAGUUGAGCAAGUUUCCUCUCAGGGAAAGACUCAGCCAUGGAGGGCCUUGACCAACUUGACAUGGUGGGUGAUAUCAGCCCUGCCUUGGAGGCCACUGAGGAAGGAUGGAUCCACUGCAUGGAUGGAAUUCAAGGCCAAGGACCAAGCCAAACUCAAACCGGGAGCCUCAAACCUCCUAGACAGCCUAAGCAGCUGCAGGAGGUAUCCAGUGCUGCACUGGGGAAGUUGAACUCCAGUGGUGUGUGGGGCCUGCUGGCUGGAGAACAGCCAGAGGUGGGACCCUUAGGCCUGGCCUGGGCGGACAGCUUCAGCGUACUGGGGCUGGGGAUGGGACUUAGGCACGGAAAGAGGAGCCGAGCACGCUCCACCAACGACCUGGCAGCCCACUCGAAAGAGUGCACCAACAACGCCGUCAACUCCUCAUCCAACUCAGCCUUCAAGAAAGGACAUAACCGGUCAAGAUCUGACGUCCACUAUCGGCCAUCUGCAUAUACAGACAACGGUCUCCCUGCUGUGGACUGCAACACACUGAAGAACAUGAUCCUCAACCACCAGCAGGAGGAUGCCAAAAACAGCAGUAGCAGUGUGGUGAAGCAGGGUAAGAUGGAGCAGCGCGAGGGGCCUAGGGGCCGGUGGACGCCCUGCCACGUGGAGCUGACGCCCUGCGAGCUCCGCUUGUACACGCUGGACUCCAGCGCCAACCUCCAGCUGGGCACCGCCUACUCAUUGUCACAUUGCCAGAGUGUCAUUGCACCGGCGCCCUGCAGCCAGCCCGGCCAGAUCACCCAACCCGUCGAUCAGCGCACGCUCCAGGCUUUGUUCUUCAACAGCACGCGUCUCCAGCUGAGGGCGGCCAACCAGUGGGAGGCCAUGGAGUGGAGACGGCUGAUGUGGGAGAAGGUGCAGGCAGCCAGACCCGUGUGGCAGGAGAAGCGCCAGCAUAAGGCCGGCGUGGAAAACCAACUGGUUGCCAGGUUUCCUGCACCCAUGUCACCCUCCUCGUCGCCCUCUCCAUCCGGCCUUGAUACAAGGCCUGACGGCGAGAGUGACACCUCCACCUCUGCAGAGGCGUCACACGCUCUUCAGUCCAAUUCUAUCAUCCUGAGCAGACCCACCACCUUGCCUCUGUUCACCCAGCGCUGUGGAGACGUCCUCAAAGCUGGUCUGCUCCAGCAACUCAUGGAUCAGAACAACUGGCGGGCCUUCACCUUUGUCCUGACCAAAUCUGCCCUCCAGGCCUUCCCCACUGAAGGCCAGGGGUCAGUGUCCCAACCUGUCCUCCAGUAUUCCCUGGCCACCUGCUUGGCUGUGCUGCACAACCAGGAACCAGAAAACAAAGAAGCCUGGAUGGAUAGGGGGGGAUGUUUCCAGGUAAAUUUUCUCAAAGAGGUACUCCGACUUUGUGCAGACAAUCAGCUUAAGGCGCAGGAAUGGGUGGAGGCCCUACGUGAGGCUGUGGGAGCACAGCGGCCUCAGCAGGAAGAUGGGGCAGAGUUGGUGGAAGGAGCUCCAGGACUCCAGGGAGUGCUGCUGAGAUCUAAACCAUCCCGGGAGAGGAGGCAGCGGGAGGCGCACAGAGCAAAGCGGCAGUCAGUCACCACAAGUUUCCUCAGUAUUCUCACCUGUUUGGCUGUGGAGAAAGGACUCACUGCCCAGAGCUUCAGAUGUGCAGGGUGCCAGCGUCCAGUGGGUCUGUCCAGAGGCAAAGCAAAGGUCUGUUCUUACAGUGGCUGGUACUACUGUCAGAGCUGCCAUCAGGACAACUCCUUCCUCAUCCCAGCGCGGCUGCUGCACAACUGGGACACCAGCAAACACAAGGUGUCUAAACAGGCCAAGGAGUUCUUGGAGUUUGUGUAUGAGGAACCUCUGCUGGACAUCCAGCAGCUCAACCCGUGUUUGUAUGAGCACUGUGAGCAGCUGAGCACCGUGCUGCGGCUUCGCCAGCAGCUCCAGUCGCUGCGGGCCUACCUGUUCAGCUGCAGAGCGACCGUGGCUGAGGACCUCCGGCGAAGGAUCUUCCCCAGGGAGUACCUGCUCCAGCACAUCCACCUCUACUCCUUGGCUGACCUGCAGCAGGUGAUUGAUGGUAAACUGGCUCCAUUCCUGUCCAAAGUGAUCAAGUUUGCCAGCGCCCACGUUUUCAGCUGUAGUUUGUGUCGAGAGAAGGGCUUCAUCUGUGAGUUGUGCCAGAACGGACAGGUCAUCUACCCUUUCCAGGAGAAUGCCACCAAGAGGUGCGACGGCUGCGGUGCCGUUUUCCACGCCGAGUGUCGACAGAAAGCUCAGCCGUGUCCUCGCUGCGUUCGCCGAGAGCUCCACCACAAGAGGCCGUCGUCCUUCUGGUCCCCUGACGACGACAGCCCCGGCUGCUUUCACCUGCCGUACCACGACACCUGAGCACCGGCCGCCGGACAAAGUGCCUGAUCUGCGCGUUUCCCGUCACGGCUGAGCAGAGAAGAAGCUUGUGUGUCUUCAGGUUUGUGUUUGUGGGUUGACCUGCUAACACACACCUGUGCUGAGCCCUGUUUGCGUUACUGUAAAACAACAGGGAGAAAACAGACUGAACGGCUGCACCAGGCUUUACAAACUCAAGUUGUCGUAUUUAAAGUUGUCCUCUGACGUCAUCGCCUCAACACAUCACAUCACCUCACCUCUUUCUGAAACGUGUAGUCACAGCUGAUACAUUCAAACAUUUUAGUGUUUCAUUCUAACCAGGGUCUUCCACCUGCUCUGGAAGCUAUGCUUGAAUGAAAUAAUGAGUAGUUUUUGAUGGCUGUAGAAGAGUUGGUACAUUAGUUCUUUGCAGCUUGGAUUCAUACAGUUACAACACGUUUAGAAAAUGUAUGUUUCACUAUACAAACGUAUUUAUCAUUCGCAUAGGACUCAAGACGAGCUGUGUCUUAAACCAUACUCAUGAAUCCACUGGUGAAUUAUGGUUCUGGAACAGAUUAAUAAGAUCUUCUGACAAUGUGACGCUACUGAAAUCUGUUGUGACUGAAUGAAUCCAGCCUGAACAAACGUUUUCCAGCAAAACCUUGAACAAAGCCAUUAGACUGGAAGUGUUUAACUAUAGCUGUGAUUGAUGUUUGAACAAAACAUAAUUCCAUGCAUUUAUCAUCUCAUUUUACUUGAACCGUGGUUUUUAUUCCACCUCCACAAGUCGCUAGCUCACUGAUCUACAGUAAUUGAUUUUCUGUGUAUGUAAAUGAAAGCAGACAGUCUGUCUGUCCAAGCACAUUAUGUAACUGUAUAAUACCAGGCAAUAAUAUACUGUAACUUACUCAUUGUUGCCUUCUCCUCCUCCUCUGACUCUUCCUUGCUGUGCUUUAUCCAUGCAGACCUAUGGAACAUGAUAGCAGCUUUAGCUUGUAGUAUCUCUAUGCAACCUAGAUGGCCUUUAUAACCCACCGCUUUCACUUGUACAAGUUUGUCUUCAUCUAUUUAUCGCAACAGGUGCAUUUCCAUUUCUAAAACAUUGAUCUCUGACUGGAAGGAUGCAGCAACAAAUGAGGCUCCCACACGAUCAAGUGUCACAAUAAAAUUAAGCAAUCAAAUAUUCAGAAUGUGUGAGAAUUUGUUUUUAAGCCUAUGAAGGUACUUUGGUUUUACACAUUUUAUCAUUAGUAUUUUUUUCUCUGAAAACGAAACUUUCAGUUUAGUACAAAAUGCUUUUUAUUAAUUCCUAGGUCAAAUCCUUUAAAGCAACUGAUUUUUAUUAGUGUCUUAAAGCUGUAGUCAAAUAAUCAAUCAAUAAUAAACAUUUUUUGGCAUAAUGACAAAGUCAGAGAUUGCAGCUUUAGUAAAAAUGGGAGUUAAAUUCAGGUGGAAAUGUAGCUGCUGCUGUUUUUUCCUUUUCUUUCUCAUUCUGUGUUGAAUCAUUGUGAUUCUGUCCAGUUCUUCAUCACUUAGAGCCAUAAACAAAAAAAAACUUUAAAGGGAAUUUGUGUGAAUAAGCUGCUGACUAACAAACCUGCAGUAGUGGGUUUGUACAGUUAUAUGUAUUUUUUGCAGAGCAGAGAUCAAACUAUUAUUAGUGUUUAUGAAGUAUAGGAAUAGUAGACUGAAACUGAGUCAUUUGUAUUAAAAUAUGGCAGGAAAAGUAAAAGGUGCACUGGUUAAAAUAAAUGUUUUGUUUUGAUGUUUAAAAAAAACACCUGCAACAUUGAAAGGUUUUUUUAAUAAAUUUUUCCUGCUGCAUAAAGAAAUAGUGAGAAGGAUGUAAAGCCUUUGGUUAAACAUAUUUUUGAUGCUUUUAUAUUUUGUAAAGUUGAUUUCCAGUUGUGUACUACAGAGCCCAGCAAGUGUCAGGGAACCUUUUUAUUUUAUGUAUGAAUAUUAGACCCAAACCAAAAGCUACAACCUGAAGUAUUCUAAUGUUAGUUUGCACAGCACAUCUACAGCAGCUCAACUACUCUGGCAAUAAAUAGACUUUAUCUAGAUGAAUAAAGAUUCUGCUAAUCUGGAUACAUUUUGAUUUGCUUAAAGCGUCUCGUGGGUUCAACACAAGAACAUCACAUACACAACAUUGUGUAUCACACUUGUCUGGAACAAACCGUUCCUGCUAAUGAACUUGACGUAUGACCCCAGUACCUGCUGGCCUCUGCAGUUUCCUCCCAUGUACCCACUGUAGCUAACCUACACAAGUCUGCUUUCUGGGUUUUUGGUUGCAUUAUGCACUGCAGUUUGUCUUUACACUGCUGCCAGAUUUCAUUUGUAGGCUUCCAAUGUUAUGUUUUCUUACGUCUACCCAGUUUUGUAAAGUUCUUUGUCCUUUACUCGCUGCCGUUUCAUAAGUAUUGUCCUAUGUUUUACUUGAGCAGUUUGGAGAAGACUGUGUUGAUAUUAUUUAAGUAGCAUAACUGGACUGGAGUUUGUUUUGCACAUUUUAAAUUAUUUUUGAUAACUGUUUUGUUUCCUUGCAGCCAAACUGUUAUGCAAGUACAGGGAGUUGAUUUUUUGAUGUAACCAGUCCUUCCUCCUCUGGUUUUGUUCAGAUUUGUCUGCUAGCUACUGAUGCCAAUAAAGACAAACUUAUUAUUA